UGAAGUCUGCCAUAACUCUACCGUCCUGCUGCCAUGUUGGAUUGAAGGAUCGUUAUUGCUUCGGGAGUUCGGAAUGAAAGUUUAUAAUAUGCCGUCGGUUAAAAGUGGAAGCGUUAAAGAAUAAGUAAUUCACGGGAGUUAACGAUUCGCAUCUGCACCGCUCGCGCGCUGGGAGAAACACUACGUCGGAUCUACUUGUAUGCGGAAUUCCUUACGGGAUGCACGGAGCGCAGGCCAUGUUGAUCUGUGAUUGCACACAUUUCACAUAAAAUUAACUUGUUUAACACGAGACAAACGCUUGCUUUCAUCCGCCUCCUGUUUCGUCAACAUGAGCGGCCACCCGCCCCAGCGGAGGGUGGCAAAUGUCGGCUCCCUGCUUCUGACCCCGCAGGAGAACGAAUGUCUCUUCAACUACCUGGGCAGGAAAUGCAUCACGAUGUGCUCAGCAGUGGUCCAGGUGUACGGAGCAGACAGAAGUUCAUCCUGGGUCAAGAGGUGCUGCGGUGUAGCGUGCUUGGUGAAAGAUAACCCUCAGAGGUCUUAUUUUAUCCGUGUAUUUGAAAUCAAGGAUGGGAAAACAAAGUUUGAGCAGGAGCUCUACAAUAAUUUCGCGACUAAUAACUCGAGGCCAUACUUCAUUACCUUUGCAGGAGACUCUUGUCAGAUGGGACUCAACUUUGCCAGUGAAGAGGAAGCCAAGCGAUUUCGGAGUGCACUGAACGAACUGCUCAACAGGCGACAGAGGAAAACUGAGAAAAGGCGUGACCCACUGAACGGACCGACUCUGCCGAUGGCGACGGUGGACAUCAAGAAUCCGGAGAUAAACAACAUGCGCUUCCACAACAAUUCCCACAUAAACAACAUGGUGCACAGUGGCCUUAACAAGAAGGAAAAGAAGGUCAAAGGCAAGAGGAAGAAACUGACAAAGGCUGACAUUGGGACACCAAGCAAUUUCCAGCACAUCGGUCAUGUAGGUUGGGAUCCCAACACGGGCUUCGAUUUGAAUAACUUGGACCCCGAGCUGAAGAACCUGUUCGACAUGUGUGGCAUCUCAGAGGCACAGCUCAAAGACAAGGAGACGUCUAAGGUCAUCUAUGACUUCAUCGAGAAGAAAGGAGGUGUCGAGGCAGUCAAGAAUGAACUGAGGAGACAAGCACCUCCGCCUCCACCCUCCCGAGGUGGCCCACCUCCUCCACCCCCUCCUCACACUUCUGGGCCCCCACCUCCACCACCCCCGGUCCGGGGACGAGGAGCUCCACCACCGCCUCCACCCUCAAGGGCACCCACAACAGCCCCUCCUCCACCUCCUCCAUCCCGCCCGAGCAUGGGAGCACCUCCACCACCGCCACCCAGCAGAGGCCACCCUCCUCCCCCUCCACCCUCUCCCGCCUCCAUGCCACCUCCCCCACCACCUCCCUCUGGAGGAGGCGCUCCUCCGCCACCUCCACCACCACCACCACCUGGACCUCCACCACCCCCUGACAUGGAUGGAGGCCACAGUGAACCAGUGCCCUCACCCAUGGGCGGCAAGUCGGCUCUGCUGGAUCAGAUCAGGGGAGGCACACAGCUAAAGAAGGUGGAGCAAAACAACAGGCCAGUGUCGUCCAUGGGACGAGACGCGCUGCUUGACCAGAUCCGACAGGGCAUCCAGCUCAAAACGGUAUCAGAUAAUGACUCAGGACCACCCACCCCUGCACAGUCAGCGGGGAUUGUUGGAGCUCUGAUGGAGGUCAUGCAAAAGAGGAGCAAAGCCAUCCACUCCUCAGAUGAAGAUGAGGAUGAUGACGAAGACGAAGACUUUGAGGAUGAUGAUGAAUGGGAAGAUUAAUCCACUUGACACUAAACCCACCUAAUAGAUUCAGUGAUACUAAAUUCAGAAACUUUCCCAAAUUUUACUCAAAUUCCGUGUUUGUUUGUUUGUUUGUUCGUUUGUUUCAGAUCGCUGUAUAUUUUUGUUGCCUUUUCGUUGCUUUUUUAAUAAUCUGUGCAAUACCUCAUGUAAUCUGUAAAGUUUUGUCAUUUAUCCUCUGUAAAAUAAUCUCCUGGAAUAACCAUGUGAAGUGUAACGCCAGGAUUCAUCAUUUCGUUGACCUGAACGUUUGUUUUUCCCUCUGAGCGGGAAAAGGGAGAUGGACGGACGCUCGACGUCCCCAUUAAUUGUUGAAUAAUGAUUUAGAUAACACUAUUUUCAUACCCUACUUUUCUGUACUUUCGAUUUUUCUUAUUCAAAUCCUAGUUUAGCAUUCUUAGAUUUGCUAAGAGGUUCUCCUAUCAGAUUAUGUAUGUCCCUUGUAUUGUUUCCCUUGUAAAUGUACACCACGCUGAUAUAUUGAGGCUAUAUAUAUUUUUGCACGAAUAACAAAAGGAAAUUCACUGCAGGAACACAUUGGCUGAACACUUUAAAUGUGAUUUCGGUGGUAAUCGCGAUCAGACUACGUUGCACGUCACAGAGUUUUCGGUUUCACUUUAUAUUAACAAGGAAAUAAAAUACUGUAGAUUCGAACCGGCAAGUUGCAAGUACAGCUUGCUCCUGAAUACCAUCGAAUUUCCGUUCAUAUUGAGAAAAACAGAAGAAUAGCACUUCAUCAAACACGAUUUAAACUUUAAUUCAUUCAAGGCUUUCAAAGGCAGAUGCUUGACUGACAACUACAUUUAAGGUAAUGAAAAAAACAACAACAAACCUUUGUCUCAUUAAUGCUGGUUUAACAGUAUUUGUCUGUCUGAAUUGAAAUUGCUGUCCUGUAAGGAUAGUGCUGUAAAAAUUGACAUCAGAUCUUACAAGUGGGUUGGAAUGUGGAAUGAAAACACUAAAUUCUAUACUUAAAUAAAUGAUAUUUACAAACCUGA